AAAUGCCCUUGGGUGUACAUCACUUCAAGCAAACAGAAGUGUGCCCUGCUGAAGGUGGGGGUGACUCAGUGGGGGAGGGGGAACCCAAGCGCAAUGCAUCCAGCUGAGAGUGAGAUUCCUUGAGAAAGCCCCCUUCCUGUCACAGCACCCACAAGUACUCUGAGCCUCUGAGCCUGCUCGCAGCCCAACGGCCUCUCCGAGAAUGCUGCGUUUAAAAGUGCAGUUUUUGGAUGAUUCCCAGAAGAUUUUUGUGGUUGAUCAAAAGUCAUCCGGGAAGGCGCUGUUUAACCUGAGUUGCAGCCAUCUAAAUCUUGCUGAAAAGGAAUAUUUUGGAUUAGAAUUCUGUAGCCAUUCUGGAAAUAAUGUCUGGUUGGAACUUCUGAAGCCCAUUGCAAAGCAAGUAAAAAAUCCUAAGGAGGUUGUUUUCAAAUUUAUGGUGAAAUUUUUCCCAGUGGACCCUGGACAUCUGCGAGAAGAGCUUACAAGGUAUCUUUUUACUCUUCAAAUAAAGAAGGAUUUGGCUCUAGGAAGGCUUCCAUGCAGUGACAACUGUACAGCGUUGAUGGUAUCUCACAUCUUACAAUCAGAACUGGGAGACUUUCAUGAAGAAACAGAUAGGAAACAUAUGGCACAAACCCAAUACUUACUGAACCAAGACCGUCUAGAGAGAAAAAUCAUGCACUUUCAUCAGAAGCACAUUGGCAUGAACCCAGCUGAAUCUGACAUUCUGCUUUUGGACAUAGUGAGGAAGCUGGAUAUGUAUGGCAUCAGGCCUCACCCUGCCAGUGAUGGCGAAGGGAUGCAGAUACACCUAGCUGUUGCUCACAUGGGAGUACUGGUGUUACGGGGAAAUACAAAGAUUAAUACUUUCAAUUGGGCUAAAAUCCGCAAGUUGAGUUUUAAGAGAAAGCAUUUUCUGAUCAAACUUCAUGCCAGCAUCUUGGUGUUGUGCAAGGACACCUUGGAGUUCACCAUGGCCAGCCGAGAUGCCUGCAAGGCUUUCUGGAAGACUUGUGUGGAGUACCAUGCUUUUUUCAGACUCUCUGAAGAGCCCAAAUCAAAGCCCAAAACCCUACUCUGCAGCAAGGGUUCCAGUUUCCGCUAUAGUGGAAGAACCCAAAGGCAACUUUUGGAUUAUGGGGAAAAAGGGAGGUUGAAGAGCUUGCCAUUUGAAAGGAAACAUUACCCAUCUCAGUACCGUGAACGACAAUGCAGGUCCUCACCAGACCUCCUCUCUGAUGUGUCGAAACAAGUGGAAGAAUUGAGACUAGCAUACGGCACUGGGUACUACCGAAAUGUGAAUGGAGUGCACGCAUCUGAACCUGUGCUAGACAGUAGGACGAGAAACUCGGCAGUGGUGAUGAUGUUUACAGCUGAGCUGGAGCAUUCCAAACCAGAGGCAGAUCCCACAUCUUUAUAUCAGUCCCAAAGCAGUUCCUCUUUCCCUUUUAUUUAUACUGACCCUGUCUUUAACACUGACCCUGAUCCUGACACUGAUCCCAGAGAUUACAUUGAGGCAAGGAGUCCUCUAAGCUCCUUCCAAACAAGCUGUAAGUUUGCUGACAAUCACAUGGGCACAUCUUCUGGCCUUACAAGCAAAGUGAGUCCAGCAAGGCGGUUGGCAUACACAGAUGUGCCCUAUAUUCCCUGUACUGGUCAGCAGGUUGAUAUUAUGCCUCCCCACGUCUUUUUUUAUGUGGACAAACCACCCCAGGUGCCCAGACAGUCUCCAAUCAUGUCAGAAGAAAGGGAAAGGCCAGACAACUCUCUAGAGACCACUGCUGUGAAGCCUGCCAAAAGAAGCCCUAGGAAUAUCAGAAUGAAGAGCUUUCAGCAAGACUUUCAAGAACUCCAAGAAGCUAUGGCCAGGACUAGUGAUAGGAGCAACAUCAAUGAAGAUCUAGAAGAAGACCCUAAUUUAGGAGAUGCAUUUGCACAUAACAUUCAAGAGCAAACCCCUAAACGGUCCCAGAGCCAAUCAGACAUGAAAACUAUCCGUUUUCCUUUUGGGUCAGAAUUUAGACCUUUAGGGCCUUGUCCUGCUCUGAGUCAUAAAGGUGACCUAUUUACAUAUAUGUUUGCAGAGCAGGAGUUUUCAGCAGUUCUAAUGGAUCAGGGAGCAGCAGAAAAGCAUGUAGCUAGUGAAUCCAGUGAUUCUGAUUCAGAGAUUCUUAAACCAGACUAUUACUCUUUGUAUGGCAAAGGAAUGAGAUCACCUAUGGCCAGAAUCCGCUUGUCUUCUGGUAGUCUACAGCUAGAUGAACAAGAUGAAAAUGUUUCUUUCAAUAUACCAACUGCUGAAGAUAGGACUUUGCUAAAACCAUGUAAUUACUUUUUAGCUUCAGAGUGAACAUUUCUGGGCCAGUUCUGCUACCAACCUAGGUAAAAAGAAGGAACCUUCUGCAUAAACCAUUUUCUUAGUUCCUAUUCAUUGGUUAAGGGAAUCUUCAAAGUUGAAGCACCUAGCUUAUUAAAGAUCCAACUGUUGCCUUGUUCCUCAAGCUCCGCUCCUCUAUUCCCUCUGAAGAGACUCUGGAACAUGCCCUCUCCUCACCAGCACUGUGGCAGGGUGAGGUGGGUGCUUCUCAUCUUGAUUAUACAUUUCCCCAUAGAGAUAAUAUAAAUGAAGGUUGGAUUCCUUUAACAAGGAAGAAUGGUGAAAGCAUGGGUUGGCAUAUAGAAUUGGCUUCUGAUGUCAUUUAGUAAUUUAGUAGAUCGUGACUGUGUUGGUCAUUUUGUUCUUAAACAAUACUAUGACUAAAGAUUUCAGUCCUCAUUAUCUGUGGGGAGCCCAGUAAACACGGUCCUAUUAUAUGUUAAGGACUUCAAUUUUUAUAACAUAUGUUAGGGGGAGCACAGGCCUCUUAAAAGUCAGGAACAAGAUGGUGGCACAAUUCUCUCAACAGAACACAAAAUUAUAAUUUAUCUAGGAUUUGGCAGAAUUCUAAACCAUAGAAAUUCAUGAAUUAAUCAAUUUCUAAAGUCAGAUAUAUCCCUGCUGAGGAUACUAUAAUGUUUGAGUUCUUCUCUAUUCUUAACUAUCUAUUGUAUGUAGUGAAAGACAAAAGCUAACAUGUUGGUUUGUUUAUCUAACCUGCAAGUAUUUUUUUUUUUUGCUAUAUCUUGCAUGCAUGUAGGCAAGGAAAUGAGAUGAAUAGUAUUUUAAUAAAGGGUGAUGGAAAUCCAUUUAUUUAAAAAAUAAGUUGUAAGUA